AUGUCAAAACACCACCCCGAUCUUAUCCUCUGCCGCAAGCUUCCAGGCAUUGCUGUUGGAAGGCUAUGCGAGAAAGACGAUGGCAAAUGUCCCAUCUGCGACUCUUACGUUCGUCCCGCUACUCUGGUUCGCAUCUGUGAAGAGUGCAACUUCGGCUCCUCGGGAGGCAAAUGCAUCAUAUGUGGAGGUCAAGGUGUUUCCGACGCAUACUAUUGCGCUGAAUGUACACGGCUUGAAAAGGACCGUGACGGGUGUCCAAAGGUAGUCAAUCUUGGUGCCAGUAGAACAGAUCUUGCAUAUCUACGCAAAGCAAGACAACAGCAGCAACAAUUCCAACGCGGGUGA